AUGAAGCCCUUGGUCCUGCUGGUUUGCAGCCUCCUGGUGUGGAGAGUGGGUGAGACGAGGUCGGAUGCUCCAGAAAAGUUGUCCCCGCUGGCUCCGGGAGCUCUCAGCACGAAGGAGACCUUCCUGGUGCUCUCACUGCAUAACAAGAUGAGGAGCAAAGUGCAGCCCCCUGCUGCCAACAUGCAGAAGCUGGAGUGGAGCGAGGAGCUGGGGCGGCUGGCGGGGGCACGGGCAGCCAGCUGCCUGGAGGGCCCCGCUCCCCCACCGUCCCCCCAGCUGGGCUGGAGCGAGGCCCUGCUGCCAGCGGGCGCCGGAGGCUUCGGGGCCGUGCUGGAGCUCUGGUUUGCUGAGGGACAGCGCUAUGACUACAGGACAGGGCGCUGCGCCGGCAAUGCCACCUGCCGCCAUUACACCCAGCUGGUGUGGGCCACAGCGGGGCAGCUGGGCUGCGGCCGGCACCGCUGCACCGGCCCCCACGGCCCCAGCGAGGCCUUCACCUGCGCCUACUCACCGGGGGGCAACUGGGAGGUGGCUGGGAUGCCCAUCCUGCCCUACAAGCAGGGACCCUGGUGCUCCCUCUGCACUGCUGGCCUCUCUGGCUGCUUCAAGUCCUGGGACCACAGCGGCGGGCUCUGCGAGGUGCCCAGGAACCCCUGUCGCAUGAGCUGCAGGAACAGUGGGCGCCUCGACAUGAGCAGCUGCCAGUGCACAUGUCCCCGGGGCUACACGGGCAGGUACUGCCAAGUGAGGUGCAGCGGGCAGUGCCUGCACGGAAGGUUCAGGAAGGAGGAGUGCUCCUGCCUCUGCGACGCGGGCUACGGUGGAGCCGAGUGCGGCACAAAGAUCCAUUUCCCCUUCCACACCUGUGACGUGCGGAUAGACAGCGACUGCUUCAUGGUGUCCCCUGAAGCUGACACCUACUAUGGAGCCAAAAUUAAAUGCCAGGAGAAAGGAGCAAUGCUGGCCCAGAUAAGAAACCAGAAGGUUCAGGACAUCCUGGCUUUCUACCUCAGCCGUUUGGAGAUGGGUAACAGGGUCACAGACACCGAUUUUGAGACUGGAAACUUCUGGAUUGGUCUCACCUACAAGACAUCCAAGGCUUCCUUCCGCUGGGAUGUGGGUGAGCCAUCCUCGUUCACCAGCUUCGCUUUUGGACAGCCAGACAACCAGGGGUUUGGGAACUGUGUGGAGAUGCAAGCAUCAGCUGCCUUCAACUGGAACGACCAGCGCUGCAAGACCCGAAACCGCUACAUCUGCCAGUUUGCCCAGGAACACAUUGCCCUGUGGCAGCGGGACCCCUGA